UUGUCACAGCCAGGGGAUUCUGGGGGAACUCAACCACUGAGUAGGGGGGUUUCCACUGUAGUGGGGAAGUGGAGCGCAACACGGAGGGAAAUAUUUACAGUGUCAUAUUCCAUCUCUCUGUGUGUGUGUGUGUUCCUGUGGUACACUGGCAGUGCGUGUCACUGUAUCGGUGUGUUUGGUAGCACUGAGCUCAUUGUACACUAGUCCCUCUCACACGUCUGACUAGCUCCUGUUCUACUUAUGCCAGGAGGAAUUUACACAAAGCUUCAUAGCACAAUAUAAAAGCCCUCUGUGUCAGUAUGAAGGUGUUUGAGGUGGGAGACUCGGUGAGUCGGUUCAGGCUGGCUGAGUCGUGUGUGGGGCUGGCAGGGUGUCUCUGUGUGGCCUACUCUGUGUGGACCCCUCGCUGGCUCAAUGACAAGGGAUUGUGGACUAAUGGCGACAACAGCACCAACACAGACAUUGACCAGACCAGGGGCAUUAUCUUUAACGCCCUGGAGGCAGAGCAAGUGUUUGGUGUGUUGUCUUUCUUCAUGGCUGUGAGUUCUGGGGCUCUGUGUCUGGUGUUCGCCCUCUGCUGGACAUCCCAGACGGUGCGCUCCUACUCCAACACCCGCUCUCUACUUAUGGCAGGCCAGGCCCUCUACCCCACUGUCCUGCUGCUCCUCGUUUUGGGACCCACAGGAUUUUUCUUCCUGCUCAGCUGGUCCCUCUUCACCUACCAGCACUGGGUGGAGAUCAACGAUGACUUCACCUGCCUGGGCUCCUCCUAUUGGAUGGGCGCCCUGGGCUGGGCCCUGCUAUUGAUUGCUCUGCCCGUGGUCUUCCUGGUGGAGCAAUGUGUGGUCCCGGACAUCCUGAAUGACCUCAUGAAGGCCAGCGAAGGGUGGCGGCGUGCCUCUGAGGUACCGCAUGCCAAACACUCGUUCAGCGAAAGCCAUCAACAUUGUCAAGAAGACGAGAGUCAUGAAGACGUAGAGAGAAGGCUGAAGAUGUACAUGUCAGUGCCCUGAGAGGAGGAAUGGAAGACAGAGAAUUAGUGAAGCCUUUUCAGGCUCAGAGACUGAGCUGACUGCAGAACUGGACUGGACUGGACAUACAGCUGAUAGAUGUCCUGUUCACACUAGCAGCACCAGGGAGAGAAGCUUCUCGUGCCUGUCUGGAUCAGAGACUGACUGCUCCCCUGUAGGAGAACGCUCCCAAACACACUCUGAGAAUGUGAUAUUAGACAAAAAUGCCAAUGCUGUGAUAGUGUUCUUGUCAGUCUUUGUUGUUGUUUGUUGCCAAGCAAGGUUUUCCUUCCUUAUAAAGGAAAUAUUUGUUACAGUAGCACCCUCAUGUGGUGAGCAUUACUAAGGUUUGUAUGUUGAAAAAAAAGUAUUAAACUAUAAAAUAAAUAAAUGGGGGGUUGUUCAGAUGCAAAGGACCACUUCUUAUAGAAUUUAGAGGAAUUAGGCCUAAUGAUGUAAUAUAUUCACAAAGCGGUACAUUACAGUUAAACUAAUGAACAUUCAAAAUAGGCCUAUUUUUUCAAUCUAAGUGUGACUUUGAAUAUCUUCAUAAGUUAAAUAAGUGUGUAAUACAUUCUUGAAGUUGUACAUUUUUAAAAACGGAUUAAUAAAUUGCCACUGUUAAUGUAUUACUGAAUUAUUUAUUAAUCCCUUUUAACUCUUAUCUCUGCCAGACGCCUCUUUUAUCAAAGGAGUGUGCACACAAAAAAAUACUCAAUCUUGCCUAAGCCAGUUUUUCUGCAGAGGUUGGUAUUUAUACAUUUUGAUCUUGACGGAAAAGUGUGCAUAUCUCCAUGCACAGCUCAGCCCAUGCAUAACUUCUAGUGGUUGAUCAAUUGUAUUGCAAGCAAAUAUUAUUAUUUAAUCCAGGCCCUGCAGUGCCUAGCUCCACUCCCUUUACCCAGGCGCUCUCAUUUGUUGAAUUCUGUAACUGUAAAAGCCUUGGCUUCAUGCAUGUUAACAUUAGAAGCCUCCUCCCUAAGAUUGUUUUCUUCACUGCGUUAGCACACUCUGUCAACCUGGAUGUCCUAGCUGUGUCUGAAUCCUGGCUUAGUAAGGCCACCAAA